GCGGAGGGGACGGAGAUGGGCGAGAACGCGGCAGGGUGCUGCCUGCUGCACAUCCGGGCUUGCCUGCUGCGGGCUGCGCGCUGCAUAAUUGAUGGAGGGCUGGGCGCAGUUCUGGGUCGGUCACCGGCGCUGCGAGUGUCUUGGGGUAGGAGGGCAGGACGGUCGGCCCCUCCCACUCCGCCUUUUCUCAAGUGUCCUGCUCCGACUCCUGGCAGCCGGCUAGUGUGCAGAGCGACUCCAGGCACCGACGGCGGUGCGCGAGGACCGCGCAGACCCGCGGGCGCCAUGCGCUCUCUCCCUGGCCUGCGAGGGCCCCAGGCACCUUCCCUGCCGCUGCUCCUCCUGGGCCUCCUGGCCGCUGUGCGUCGGAGCUUGGAGGACGGCCAUCCGUCAGCUUCACCUUUUACAAGUCCACCUAUUCAGGAAGAAAUGAUGACAAAAUACUCGAACCUUUCCCUGGAGAGUCAUAACAUAUCCCUGACUGAACAUUCCAAUAAGCCAGUAGAAAAAAAUAUCACUUUAGAAAGACCUUCUAAUAUAGAACUCACAUGCCAAUUCACAACAUCUAGGGAUCUGAAUUCAGUAAAUGUGACUUGGAAAAAAGAUGAUGAACUACUUAAGAAUAAUUAUCUCAUCAAUGUAACAGGAAGGCUCCUGUAUACCCAAUACAUGUUCACCAUCGUUAACAGCAAGCAAAUGGGAAGUUACUCUUGUUUCUUUGAAGAGAAAAAGGAACAAAGGGGCACAUUUAAUUUCAAAGUUCCUCAACUUAAUGGAAAAAACAAACCAUUGAUCACAUAUGUGGGGGAUUCAGUUGUCUUAAUGUGUAAAUGUAAAGACUGUUUGCCUUUAAAUUGGACCUGGUACAGCAGUAAUGGGAGUGUACAGGUUCCUGUUGGUGUUCAAACAAACGAUAAGUAUGUGAUCAAUGGAAAAAACGCUAAUGAAACAAGGCUCAAGAUAAUGCAACUUUCAGAGGAAGAUCAGGGAUCCUACUGGUGCCAUGCAAUAUUCCAACUAGGCGAGAGUGAAGAACACAUUGAACUUGUCGUGCUGAGUUAUUUGGUACCCCUCAAAGCAUUUCUUGCGAUAGCUGCUGAGGUUGUUCUUUUAGUGGCUAUUAUUCUACUUUGUGAAAUGUAUACCCAAAAGAGAAAGAAGCCAUCAGAUGAUGGGAAAGAAUUUGAACAAAUUGAACAGCUGAAAUCCGAUGAUAGCAAUGGUAUAGAAAAUAAUGCCACCAGGCACAGAAAGAAUGAAUCUGUGAGCCAGUGAAUGCGAAACAUCAUGUCAAGAGCCAUGGAGACAUGGGAAGAUGUACAAAGAGUCUGGAUUUCAGCUUUGUUUAUGCUUCCUGUUAAGAACACCUGGAAUUUUAUUUUUAAAAAGAUGAUAAGUUUAUGCAAAAUGCUCAGCAGUAGCUUUGUAAAUAAUAAUAUGCUAUUUCAGAUCUAAAGAUGUAUUUUCAUUCUGUAAUUAUUUUACAUUAAAGCAAGGUAAAUUGUAUUAAAUAUGUUCUAUGAGCUGUAACCCAGGAUAACUAAUUUUAUUCUGGUUCUCAAGGGACACAAAGAACAGACACCAGCAAAACUAAAUAGUACACAGAACUACUGUCACUUAAGACCUGUUAAUAACCAAAGAAUUCAUUAAAGACAAAGCUUUUGCCAUUUGUCUUAAAAAGUUUUUUCUCAAUCAUGUUUACUAUGUAUAGAAGUAUUUGUUACACUUUUCAUGUAAAGUUCAUCCUUCAGUCAUAUUGGAAAAAAAAAAUGUCCUCAAUGGGAAAUGAGUACUUUCUGCCUUUGUUGGUGAUGGUUACUCUACAAUCUCCACAAGAAAAAAUACUUUCCCCCCAAAAUACUGGUUUAAAGCAAGGAAAUAAAAAACCAUACUCUUGCCCAAAUCUCCAUCACCACAAAAGCAGAUUUCUCAAUCUUAUCUCACUCAUCGCCACUGCUUUUCCCACACCAGGUUAAAGUGAUUGUUAGUCUUUAUGAAGAGCCUUUUUUUUUUUUUUUUUGCUUUUUAGGGCUGCACCUGUGACAUAUGGAAGUUCCCAGGCUCGGAGCUGCAGCUGCCAGCCUACGCUGAGCCACAGCAAUGCCAUAUCGAGCCGUGUCUGCAACUGACACCACAGCUCAUGACAAUGCUGGAUCCCUGACCCAUUGAGUGAGGCCAGGAAUCAAACCCACAAUCUCAUGGAUACUAGUCAUAUUUGUUUCCACUGCACCACAAUGGGAACUCUCUGGAGAGCAUUUUUUUAAAGCCAUGGGUUUGGGAUUAAUUAAGUUAUAACUGGUGUUGAUGUUGUAGGGUGUGGGUCCAUACAGUCACAAUAUAGCACUGCUAUAGGCAUGCUUCUGUGCUUCACGGUUUCCUAGUGUCCAUGACUGUCUAAAUUUCUAAAAAUGUGUUAUCAGUGUUUUAUGAUACUAAUGACUUUGUAUGAAGUCCAGAAGUACCAAAGUACCUCCAUAUUGUUGCAAAUGUCUUAGACUUUUCUUAAAAAAAUAGAAUACUUCACUUCUAUCGCAUAUAUAACUGAACUAUUUUACAAAAAUCACUGUAACCAAAUCCAAAGACAUCUGAUAGACAUGAAAAGUCAUCAGUGGCUUUGUAUGGAAUAUUAAUAUCAUACGGCAGGACUGGGUUAGGUUGAAGAAGAUGAUGUGAAACUUGCUGGGGGUUCUUGGUGCUGGUGAGUCCAUUGUCCACCUGCUCACAGUACAGCAAGGUUCAGAACAAUCAUAGGCAGAGGGAAGAGUGUAGGAUGGCAAAGAACCCAUAAUCUUGGUGACUAGAGGAUUAAAGCUUGGAAAAGAGGAGUUCCAUUAUUUGAAAAAAAUACUUCAUAGAAAUUUACACAAUGCUCUGGCUGAGAAAAUUCUAAUUAAAUUCUUGUAGUUAAAAGUAUACUGUAUAUGACAUCUUAACUAAUAUUAAAAAUAUUACUAGUAUGAAUAAGACACAUAAAGUGUGACCUGGAGUUUACUCAUUAUUUUGUUGCAGUGAUGUUCUCUGUAAAUCAUGUUAUCUAUACAUACAGGUUUUGUUGAAGAGAUAUAUCCUUUAAGUAAUGGCAGAUUUCAUCUUAUUCUUCUUUUUUGUCUUUUGACCUUUUUUAGGGCUACACCCAUGGCAUAUGGAGGUUCCCAGGCCAGGGGUCUAAUUGGAGCUGUUCCUGCCAGCCUAUGCCAGAGCCACAGCAAUGCCAGAUCUGAGCCACAUCUGUGACCUACACCACAGCUCACAGCAAUGCUGGAUCCUUAAUCUACUGAGCGAGGUCAGGGAUCGAACCCAUAACUUCAUGGUUCCUAGUAGGAUUGUUUCCGCUGUGCCCCAACGGGUGCUCUCACCUUAUUCUUUUCUUUGAACCAUAAGCCAUGGUUUAAGAAUUUGAUUAGAUGAUCUUGGCUGGUAUAUGUAUGAUGACAGAAAACCAAUCAGUUGACUUAAUUAAUCUAAAUAAUUUGAAUUCAGUGAAAAAUUAAUUCAGAUCUGCUAAGUUCAAUUCAAAACAGUAUAUUUAUGACUGGAUACAUACAAAACAAAAACAAUUUGUAUUUCAUAUGCAAUAUGCAUUCUCUUUUGCCACCACUAUUUAGGCUAAAAUAGUUUUCAAGCAAGAAAAAUUGCUGCCCCAAAGUAAAAAUAAUCUGACAUAUUUUUAGAGUAAGUUGGAUUUUUAAGUGUAAAUUCUUGCUAUUUUUCCUGGCAAAGACAAUUAGUUCACUUCAGUACCUUUAAGCAGAAAAGGUACUCAGAAAAUUGAAGUUGAAUUUUGGCUUUUCAGAGUCUCUUUAGAGGACUUCCAGAAAAUCACUUGACCAUUGUUAGGUUAAAAACAGAAUGCUUCUAUUAACUAAUCUCACAUAGAUGAAUGGAUUAAGUAAAAAUGACCGAUUGUAAACUGACUGAAAAUACAAAGCAAGCAGAAAAGCUGUAAGUAGGACCACAACUCCAUGUUUACAUCUCAGACAUCUUGGGAAAGACUUUAAAUCUUUCCAGCUAACAGGGUUUUGCCACAUAUUAAGUAGAUUUAAUGAUGUCCUAAAAUUCCGAUAUUUUCAUACUCAGUCCAUGCUCUAAUGUAAAUCUUCUCUUUAUAGUCUUUUUCCUCAGCAUCUAGUUACCUAGGCCCAAACCUGGAACUCAUUGUUUGGUUUUCUUCUCCUUUAUUAACUAACCCUUAUUGGUAAUGAAUCUCUGUUAUUUUGGCCUUUUUAAUUAGAGCAUUAAUCCACCCAAUGCCUCCUCCACCCAAUGCUCAACAGCUACAACAGCUAAGGUCUUGAUUUUCCUACCACAGUCUCAUCUUUGGUUAAUUUUUUUUUUUUUUUUUUUGCACUGCUGCUGGGCUGUAUUAUAAAACACAAAUCUCAUUAUGUAACUCAAUGUGGCAACUUCCAUGCCAAACUUUUGUAGUCUCACCUCUGCCAUAUCUUAACAUUGCCGUUUUCCAUACUGAUAAUCUUUCUCCACUGUCUUGACUUAGCCUUGACAUAGAGUCUGUGCAGAAUGCUGCCCCUGUGCUCCUCCUUUUAAUGAACUCAAGUUUAGCUUUCAGGACUUUAAUCUGAUAUUACAACCUGGCCGAUCCAUCAUACCCUGUUAAGUGUGUAUCAUCUUAUAUGCUCAAAUAACCCCACAUUUCUUUGUGUUUAUUAUCAUCUACUAUAAAUAUGCAUUUAUAUGUCUCCUUCCUGGACUCUUUUAUUUUUGUGUUUCAGACCUACCGCAGAGAGAGUACCUUGUAGGUGUGAUGAAGUGUGUGGGGAAUGGAUAAAUAUAUAGGUAAAAUCAAAUUUCAUAAAUUCAGAUUUAUUUUUAGAAAAACUAAAUUGUGACAUCAGAAUUAAAAUAUUUUAACAGAGAUAAGUAAGCCUUUAUAACUUUAGUGUUUGCCUCUCCUUCUUUGAAAAACAAAUAGUAAUAGAAUAAAAAGUCAUGCCAGAUUUUACUGUGUAAUAAUCUAAUGAGAAAAGGAGUUUUGAUUCCUAAACCAGUAUACAGAGUAUGUUGCUUUCAAAUUAUCUAAAUUCUUAUUGUCCAUUAUUUUUCACGAGUAUUUCAAAUGUUAAUCUUGUUUUUAUCUUUAUCCUUUAUUUUAAUAAGAUAAUGUAUUGACUUUAUAAAGAAUCCUAGCACUUGUAGUUUUUUGCAUGUUACUGUAGUGAGUGUUGGUAUCAGUGUCUACUUCACUUUCUCAAUGUCUUCCUGCAAAUACCUCAUAGUACCUUAGAAUAUCCCAGAAUUCAAUUCAAAUAUUUAUCUUGAACAAAUCCAUUUUUUAGAACACUUUCAUUCUUUAGUUUUGAUCACUGAAAAUUUGUCUUUAACCAAAUUCGUCAAAAGAAAAAAAUGUAGUUCUGCCCACUUAUUCCCUUGCUCUUCAUCUUUGAGACAUAUAAAUAGAUUUAAGCAAAAUUAUUUAUUGAAUAUUUUCUUCUUUACAGAAAUUAAUUUUCUCCAAGUUAUACAAUGAAUUAGGGAGUUAGUUCACACUAGCAUUUUUAGGUGGGAGCGAGUUCAAGUGUGUGUUCCAGUAUUAAUUAAAAGGCACACUGACCUAUUAUAGUCUGCUCUGAAUGAAUAGUUACUGAAUGAAUGAAAAAUAGAUGAAUAACUCAGUUAUUUUGGAAUCUUAAAUUAUACAUAUUUAUGUAAUAUCUACUUUGAUUUUGAUUAGUUAACUGAAUUUAUAUUACUCUAGUAUAGAGUAAAAGAAAACUGGAACUAUCUAUGUGCAUUUCUUUCGCAUGAUAUUUGGGAAUAUACUUACUGUGUAUCUGGAAGGUCAUUUACAUGAUCAGUUUAACAACCAAGGUCUUUACUGAGGAUAUAUCAUACCAUUAAAGAGUAAAAACUCACACUUGAUUGCUUAGCAUGUGAUAGGUACUGUGAUACCUUGAAAUGUGUUAUCUCACUUAAUUCCCACAUCAUCUUAUGCUAUAGAAACUAUUAUCAUCUACUUUUUUAUAGAUGAGGAAACUACAUAUUUAGAGAUUAAGUGUUUGGAGCUGGGAUUAAUAUCGAGGGAAUUCCUCUCACAAGUCUAAGUUUAACAACUAUGUUGAACAGUUUGGCCUGCUACUUAGGUGCUUCUUAGAAAAAUGAGGCUAUUAUCUACUGUCUUUUUAAAAAAUUUCAUUCCUUUAGAUGGUCAGUUAAGUAAGCUCCAUAAUAUUAUUCUUAAGGCUUAUAGAACCUAUGCUAUGACAUACUUGUUCCCUGCUGUGUGCUGGGGAGUCAAUAUACUUUUAUUUUGAGAGUCUUUCUUUUUUUCCCUCAUUUUACUUCUCAAUAACCAGUGUGACCAUAAAAUUUAUCAUCCAAACACUGAGAAUGAAAGAAGGUGCUGCUUAUAAUUUUACCAGGACAGACAGAAAACAAACUAUCAGUCACAUUUUUCAGCCUGCUGGUAGGAGCUAAGUACGUUAUAGAUGAUCUAGCCUAGGCACAACAGUAACAUCUGUAAAUCUGAAUAAUAAACAGAUUUACUUUCAGGGAAAAAACUAUCUCUUUAGCAAAUGCCAGAUGAAUCGCACUAUGGAAAUGUGUCUAUAAUGAGACAAUUUAGUAAGCUUAAAAAUUUAUUACUUUCCUAAAUUCAUGUGAUGAAAAAAUGGUAUGAGCAUUCAAAAAUGUGAUUCAAAAGUUAUAAGAGAAGCCAGGAAAGAAAGUCCUGUUUUUGAUGGCCGGUGAGAUGAACUGGAUAAUUCUUUGGAUUUGCUUACCUUCAUGAUUAACUGUGUGUUAAUGAUAAUAUAUAUGUGUAUCUCAAUGAAUCAGUAAUGUCUAGCCUUUACAAUGAAAUUUACUUAUGAAAUCAGUGAAGAUCACUCAUAACUGAUAUUGUCAAAAUUACUUUUAAUUAUAUGAUUAACCUGUAACAUCUAUAUUUUUUCCAUUUUCAUUUCCUAAAUGGAGGAAUGCUAGGGAAACAUGUUUAGGGGAUUGGCUAAAAUCUGUAUAUUAUUUUGGUGUGUUAUCUAUUAUGUUUAAGAACUUUUCAUAAAAAUUGAUUUUGCUGUUCAAUUUGUAAUUUACUUCAGAAAAUAACACAUAUUCUUAUUUUUCUAAAGUUUAUUUGAUAAACAAAUGAAAUUUAAAUUUAUUAUAUAUGUAAUAACUAUAAUGCUAUGUAAUGCUAUAAAAAAAUCAAAAAAUAUGAUUACAUGAACUGCAUUUGUGUCUCUUUAAGACAGAAAUUUGACCAUAAACUUAACUUAAAAAAAAAAAAAAUCAAGGACCAUAGAUUCAUUAUGACAUAUUUCCUAAUAAAUGUAAUGUUUUCUUUUUUUAGCAUGUGUCUAAAUUUUCAUUAAUAUCUUUCUGUAUCAUGUAUAUAGCACAGAAAGUGUUUAUUAGAAUAUUUAAAUGUUUUGUUGCAUUGACUAAAAAGAUAUGCCUAAUGUGUAAUUAAAUCCAAUAAAAUAUACUUGGGGUUAAAAAUUUAAGUAA